AUGGCCAUGGACAUCAUGGACACGCCCGAGCCGAUGGCGACCCCGGUCCCGACGAGUCCCGUCAGGGCGAGGAUGGACAGCGAGACGUAUACCGAUUGCGUGCCGGGCAUUCUUCUUCUGUGUGUUCGUAGUCUACAUCAGGCGCGACGAUCGAUCGCGUCAGUCGUUCGCUCGCUCGCUCCCGCCUUCGCUCCCGCCUUCGCUCCCAUCUUUAUCUCGCCCUCGAAUCCUCGUCGCGUUCGAUCGACGCGCGCGCGCCUCGUCGAUCGUUUCGCGCGCGUCCUCGCGCGCGCGUUCGACGUCGACGAAAACGUAUCGCCGAACCCGCGCGCGCGCGACCGCGACGAGGAUUCGCGUCGCGUCGCGCCGCGUCGCGUCGCGCAUCCACCGCGCGACGCGACCGACCCCUCGCGCGAAUCCCGCGGUGUCGCCCGAUGUCGUCCUUCUCGCGCGCGCGCGCGAAUCCCGCACCUGAACUGCGAUGAAACGAUGAAACGAUAA